CAUUACAGGAGGCUUGUGUUUGACAGGCAGUAAUGUCUGUCACUGCUCCUCCUCUUUAACAUCUCUGAGUUUGUAAACCUUUUUCUUCUCUGACUCUGUCUCUCUCUGUCACUCAUACACAGUCAUUUCAGUGUCCAGAAAGAAACUAAUAUAAACUGAGACAGUGAAGGUGUUUCUCUGUUCAUCAGAGGCUUCAUCAGCUCUACUGAGUGAACAUCUGUGGGAGGUGAAAAUAAGUGGUGGUAGGAGAAUAUGACAAAAACAGUGCUGUGGCACAUGAACUGUUUAUGCACAUGUGAACGUGCAGCAGGUUUAAAAUUGUUUGUAAAUAUAUUUAAAAUUACUGAAGACAUGAUUAUCUAUAAUUACAACUUAAGCAACUAUGUUAUACAGUAGAAUAGGACUGGUCUCAUACCAAGUACCUUUUUAACUUUGAAUUAGUAGAUGAAUAUAGAAAGACAAGGAGUAUCUGUAACUCAUAAAGUAGAAAGGAAGAACAGUUGUUCUUUGGUCAUUUCAGUGUUCAGUCUUCUUCUUCCUCUCCAGAUCUUUAUCUUCCUUCUUUGGUCCUGGCUGGCAGCAGCGUCCUCCUCCACUCACCUUCCCUCCUCCUCUGGUCAUUUUCCACCUCAUGGUGGCUAUACUUUUGAUGAAAGUCUUCAGUGGAAACAGUCUGACCUGUCAUCCAGCAGAGUAUCAGACAGGGAAUGAAUGCUGUCACAAGUGUCCACCUGGAAGUCGUGUUAAAACAGAUUGCACAGAGUUCAGAAGUACGUCCUGUCUGCCCUGCUUAGAGGGAACCUACAUGAAUCAACCUACUGGACUUAAAGACUGUUUUCCCUGCACAAACUGUAACACAGAUCCUGGUCUGAAGAUAAAGACUUCAUGUACAUCAACAUCAGAUACAGUUUGUGAACCACUGGAAGGAUUCUACUGUAUGGACGUCAAAGACAAAGGCUGUGAGGCAGCACAGAGACACAGACACUGUGAACCAGGACAAUACAUCAGUAAAAAAGGAACAGCCUCCACAGACACUGAGUGCUCUGACUGCACUGAUGGAACAUUUUCAAAUGGGACAUUUACAUCUUGUCAGCCACACACACAAUGUGAAUCAGUAAACCUUCAGAUGAUCAGACCAGGAACUGCUACAACUGAUGUUGAAUGUGGACACAGUUCAAAAAUACCAGCAAUUGUGAUUGUUGUUAUUGUAGUAUCUUUGUUAUUAAUAGCAGAUGUAGUCGUAUUCAUAUUGAUAAAGAAGAGAAAAUGUCUAACAGGCCUUUUCAGCAAAAAGAGUGAGAACAGUCCCCCAGAGGUUCACCAACCUGAAGAAGCAAGACAAAUGGUUGAACAUCAACAGCAGCAGAGGUGAUGACAGUGACCAGCAGCAGGUGUUACAGCAGAGACUAAAGGAAGCUGGAAUGUGGAUCUUGUUGACUCGAGCUACAUGAAGCUCCUGCUGACAGUGAGUGUGUGUGUGUGUGUGAACACACAGACUUUACUGAUCUUUGCUGCUGGUCAGAGAUAGAUUCAUCCAGAGGGAGCUCCGAGUAGAGCUGCUCAUCUUUCACAUUGAAAGGAACCAGUUGAGGUGGUUCAGACAUCUGAUCAGGACGAGACUCUGCUGCCUUCCUUUGGAGAUUUUCCAGCCAUGUCCAACUGGUAGGAGACCCCGAGGUAGACCCAGAACUUUCUGGAUGGAUUACAGAUCCCAUCAGGCCUGGGAACGUCUCAGGAGGAGCUGGGAAACCUUGCUGGGGUGAGGGACGUCUGAUAAACCCUGCCUAACCUGUGGCACUGCUACCUGACCCCAGAUCAGCAGAAGAGGAUGAGGACAGUGUCCUUUACUGCAGCAUGAUGGGACAUCACUGCCAUCAGAGGACCAGUGAGGAACAUUAUAAUAAUCCUUCACAGUGGACAUUUUAAUUUGGGAAGGAUGAUGAACACAGUAUAUUUACUCACACUUGAGUUCAAGUUGUGUUUGUGAGUUAUGAAAUAUCAGUAACAAUAUGUUGUAUGAAUGCUGCAGGCUGACUGUCAGGUGUAAAUCAACUGGAAUCUAAUGAUCCCUGUAGAUGAUUCAAACAUUAAUAUGUUAAUAAUGUUCCAGUGUUUGUGCUGCACAGGUCCUUUGGACAAUUCUGUUGAAAUGACAGGAGCAACAGCUGAGAGUUAAACUGCAGCUUUCUAAAUGUGAGUUCACUGGUGAGGAACACGAUACAACAACAUGUCAUUUAAAGGUUUUAGUAGAGAAGGAGGUGUUGGAUGCUGAGGACAGAUGAGUGGAUGUGUAGGGCCGUAGUGAAGGAUGUCAUCUGUUAGACUGGUCUGGGAGGACGUACUGAAGAGCGGGUGGAGACAGACUGACUGUGGGGGUUCCAUCAUGACGUGACUCCACUCUGAUCACAGGAACUCAGUCGUGGGAGAAGAACGCAGCAGAAUAGGGAGGGAUGAGGGAAGGAGGGAUAAUGUGUAGGUUUGACAGGUGUUAGAGGUGGAGUUGAGGCGUGGCUCUGCUCCUUAAGGUAACUAGUUAAAUUCAUUUAGAGUGAAGGGUCCUGGGAGGUAUGACACAGCUGUAAGUUGUUUUCUGUUUGAAAUAGUGAUGUGUAGUUUGAAACAGUGUAGUCUAACUCUGGGACAUUUCCUGCAGACAUGUUGGAUUAAAACAAAAUGAGUCCUGGUCAAUGUUAAUUGGCUUCAACAUAAUCCACAGUGGAAGUGAAGGUUUAAAUAAUCAACUCAGCACAGACAGAAGAUGGACUUGUGUAAUAAUGGACUGGAGACCAAAUUCAAAUGAAUACAAAGUAGAUGGAUGUGUGGAAUGUAUUAAAUUAGUGACCAAUCAGAAAGAAGACAGGUGUUUGUUUCAUCAGGUUCAUGAAAAGACAAAGACUUCUAUCAGUCUGAUGAAGCUCUGAGCAAAACACACAGCUGAUGUCAGUGCUAUCAAAGAACAUUUGUUUUUAUGGGCUGAAUGUGUUGAAUGUACUGAAUGUGCUUUAUUUUUCAUGUUGCAGUUUCUUGUUCCUCCAGCUCUGCUCAUGCUGUAAAUGAAGCUUUUUCUCUUUUUAACUAAGUAAUAUACUGUAUGUUUCUUUACUCUGUGUCCUUCUGUAAACUCCAUGUACAGUUUUAUAUAAACAAGUGUAUUUUUGUAUCAUAUUUUACUAUAAAAGUGAGACAGUCUUUA